GAUACGAAGAGGUAUGUCUGUAGUAUCUACCUAGGCAAUAAGUACAAGUCGGCAAAUAACUCGACUUUCCCAACACACGCGUAGCUAUUGUAUUGUAUUAGUGGUUCGGCCCUUACUAUGUACAUAUGUAUGUAAGUAUGUACACCCUCGGCAUCCUCAAGGCGGCAGCUUCCCCAGCCUGGCCAAUUAUUUUAGUCAAUUGAUUUAAUAUCGUCUUCCUUCCUUGGACUUUUACUUCUCUUCCUUGCCUCUCAACCAGCACCCUUCUCCUUCUAGGAGUUUCUUUCCUGCUUACUUUCGCUGCUGGCUUGGAGAAGUAGUCUAGAGCCUCUGCUGGCAUCCUCAUCAUCCCUAUCAUCAUCAUCACCAUCCAUUGACGUAGUCACAGCCCAGAAGUCACCCAGUUGUGCGUACGGCAUUAUGGCUGCUGUAACUCGGGGCAUCCGAACGGCUUCGAGGCCGCUGCGACUCGGGUCAACCCCUCUGGCCCCUACACUUACACGCACCUUCGGCCCAUCGUUAGCGUGCUCCAACGCCGCCGCUACAAUAACCUCCUCUCAACCCCUCUACCACCAACACCGCCACCACCACCGCCGCCAAUUUUCCACAACCUCCGCCAAAAUGUCUUCCCCUCCCAUGCCCACGCAGCACAAGGGCUAUGACCCCGAAAUCACAGACAUUGCAAAAUAUGUUACGCAGCCUAUCAACUCCGAGUUGGCUUUCGACACGGCACGAUGGGUGUUCUUAGAUACCUUGGGUUGUGGUCUUGAGGGCCUGCGAUUCAAGGAGUGCACAAAGCUCCUAGGCCCUAUUGUGCCCGGAACCGUCGUUCCUAACGGCACCAAGGUCCCCGGUACCGACUUUGUCCUCGAUCCCGUCAAUGGCGCCUUCAACAUCGGUGCCAUGAUCCGCUGGCUUGACUACAACGACUGUUGGCUAGCCGCCGAAUGGGGACAUCCUUCCGAUAACCUCGGCGCCAUCCUGGCCGUCGCUGACUGGGUCAACCGGACCAACAAGGCUGGCGGCAACCUCGCCAACGGCAAGGUCUUCACCAUCCGCGAUGUUCUCGAGGGUAUGAUCAAGGCCCAUGAAAUCCAGGGUUGCCUAGCCCUCCUCAAUUCGUACAACAAGGUUGGUCUCGACCACGUCGUUCUCGUCAAGGUUGCCAGUACCGCUGUUGUCUCGCAUAUGCUUGGUCUCAGCGACUCUCAGAUCGCCGACGCUGUUACACAAGCCUGGGUAGAUGGCCAGAGCUUGCGUACCUACCGUCACUCUCCCAACACCAUGUCGCGUAAGUCAUGGGCUGCCGGUGACGCCUGCCAGCGCGCCGUCAACCUAGCCCUGAAGGUCAUGAAGGGUGAGCCUGGCGUCCCCACUGUCUUGUCUGCUCCCGUCUGGGGCUUUUACGAUGUCCUGUUUAAGGGCAACAAGUUCGAGUUCCAACGUCCCUACGGCAGCUAUGUCAUGGAGAAUGUUCUUUUCAAGGUCUCCUACCCUGCGGAAUUCCACUCGCAGACUGCAGUCGAGGCGUCUUCCAAGAUCUUCCAAAAGCUUAAGGAGAUGGGCAAGUCGGCGGCUGACAUCAAGGGCGUCACAUGCCGAACCCACGAAGCCUGCAUCCGCAUCAUUGACAAGCAAUUCAAGCCCAUGGACAACUUUGCGGACCGUGACCACUGCAUCCAGUACAUGUGCGCCGUGAUGCUCGUGUUCGGGCGGCUCGAGGCUACUGACUACACGGAUGGCGGUGAGGCGGCAACAUCGCCCCUCGUCGAGUCGCUGCGACGGAAGAUCAAGUGUGUCGAAGACCCCCAGUUUACCAAAGACUACCACGACCCGGCUCUCCGCACCAUCUCCAAUGCCCUGACAGUAGAACUCAACGACGGCACUGUCCUCGAUGAGAUCGUAGUGGAGGCGCCCCUCGGCCAUCGUCUCCGGAGAGACGAGGCCAAGCCACACAUCCUAGCCAAAUACAAGCGACACUUAUCGCCUCACUUCUCCGAGGCGCACGUUAAGGAGUUGGUAGAACUAGGCAUGGACACUAAUAAGUUGGAGUCCAUGUCGGUGGACGAAUAUGUCGACAAGUAUGUGGUUAAGGAUAGCAAGUUUGUUUAAAUUGAUACCUAUAUGUACAUUGGGGUUUAUAUAGAUGUAGAUUUUUAGAAUCUGAUGUGCAGCACAUCUCGCAGGCAUCAUUUGGUACAAAUCAACAUCUUGAUUGAAAUAUGCCAUACUCCCACGUAGUAUUCUAGCAUGAAGAAGUAAACAUGACCUCGAUCUCACA